AUGAGUCACCUGACAAAAACUGAGAAACAAGUAAUGAUGCGGUUAAUGAAGAAAUUGUCACCUGAAGAGAAAUAUACAAUCACCAACCAAAGAAUGAGGCAUAAGAAAGGAGAUCAGAAACAGGAUAUUAUUACAACACCAAUUAUGAGUAAAAUUGAGAGGGCGGAACGGGCGG